AUGGAACAAGCCGAAGGUCCCCGGACCCCGGAUCUCAUCGACUGGUCUCGACCAUUAUCACCAUGGGGUGAUGGAGAUGCAGAGGCGCCUGGCGCCAGCGGCAUCGACCCUGAUUUAGAAGCAGAGAGGCAUAUUUCUGCGAGUGCUACAGGUAGCAUUAGUACGGAAAUACCGCCUUCUGUGUACUUCACGAUUCAUCGAAUCCGACGUCUCAUUCUCGCAAGUAUAGAUGACCCGUACACGUUGGAUCAACUCCGAGAGCCACGGAUGAACUCACUCGUAGUGCGUCCACUGGUUGACCGCUUGUAUGAUCCCGAUGACCCGACAAUAGUUUACUGUCUGCUUGCAAAUCGCAUCCAGUUUCUGAGACAACACACAAGCACUGCUCACCAGACUGUGAACGUCUCUCGCGCAGCCCUUUGUGAGCUUGUUGCCAGUCGUGUGUUGCGUCGAUACCAUGAAGAUCACCCGGGCCAGAUUGGCCUUCUGAUUCUGGCCCACAUCCUGGUUGAGGGCUUCGAUCCCUUUCAGGGUGCUCCCGAAGAGGUGGAAAGCGAAUGCCGCCAGCUCCAGUGGCCGAUUCAACGACGUGAUGGUCAUGAGAGAAAGCUUACGGCGCUCGAACUGGCGAUUAUUUCAGAAAGCAAAGUCUUCCUCAGCUCUUCGGCAUGUCAACGGCUAGUCGAUGCCGUUUACCAAGGUGUCGUAACGUAUACGCCUCUCUCUUUCGUCGACAUCUUACCGGAUCAUUACGAGUUCAUUUCCGUGUCACUCUACGAGCCACAUCGGGCACCGAUACUCGACGAAAGGCGGAUGAUCGUUCCCUGGAUCAGACGAGUGACGGAGUUUUGUCAGUUUCUCACCCUUGUGGCCUUAUACAUGAUGACAAUGGUGAACCGGAGCAGCCCAAGUCUGAGCGCAUGGGAAUGUUUCUUCGCCGUCUACACUGCUGGAUGGACUCUUAAUGAGUUUGCCGCAAUCAUCGAACAUGGAUGGGCGGUUCACUCACAGACUCUUUGGUCGUUUCUCGACAUUACGUUCUGCUUCAUCUUCAGCUGCUACGUCUUCGCCCGAAUCUACGAUGUUCUUGGGUACGGAGGGGUCAUUGCGGAUGGAUACGGCGUACAUAUCCUGUGUGUCGCAGCUCCGGUACUGCUCACCAGGGUGGCCUUCACUAUCAUGCCUGACAAUAUCGUAUUUAUAGCGAUGCAUGCCAUGAUGAAGGACUUCACCCUCCUCACAUUCAUCGCGAUCUGGUGUUUCGCAGGCUUCCUCCUUGCACUGCAAUGGCUUAUAGGUAGCAACGCUGCAACCUCAGGAGCCGGCGACAAGACACCUCUGACAUGGUUCGAGACCUGCAAAUGGCUGAUCUGGACUUGGUUCGGACUCGACGGAACUGGCAUCGAUCGAUCGUCUGAUUUCCACCCAAUUCUUGGCCCUGCUCUGAUGAUUGCCUUUGCAUUUCUGGGCAACAUACUCUUCUUGACUCUGCUGGUUGCACUGUUGAGUAACACAUUCUCCAAGAUUAUCGCAGAUGCACCGGCCGAGAUUCAAUUUCGACGCGCAGUCAUCACUUUCGCAGGGGUGAAAAGCGACUCGAUUUUCGCAUACCCGCCGCCAUUCAACCUAUUAGCACUCGCAGUUCUGCUACCACUCAAAUCUGCCUUGUCUUCUCGAUCUUUCCACAGCCUCAACGUCACACUCAUUCGCGCCCUCAAUGCACCGGCAUUGCUCCUCAUCAGCGCACUAGAACGGCAGAGAAUCGCUCACCCCCGACGAGCGCGCUCACAAUCGGUCUUACAUUGGAACUUUAGCGGCUUCAACCCUCACGGCGAUAUUCAAGCGGUCUUCAAAGCUGAACCUCCGCCGGCAGUCGAACCGUCUUUGGCCGCUGCUGUCCCUCUGGAAGUGGGUGUUAGUGUCGAUGAGGCAGAUGCUCGCAAAUGUGGCGGCAAAUUCGCAGAGACUCGCCCUCCCAGACACUCUCUGGUCGUUGAUGGUUCUGGCAAAGAGCCCGAUAGCUUUCCCACCAUCAACAAGGCCAUCGCGGCCUUGAAGAAUACUACAGAAGAGCAAACCGUGUUCGUGUUCCCUGGCACGUACACCGAGCAGGUCUACAUCCCCAACCAUGCGGGCCCAAUCACUAUUCAGGGUUACACAUGCGAUACUCGCUCAUACAAAGCCAACCAGGCCACUUUGACGGGCAACCUGUCUCGUCAAGUGGCCAACCUGACCAGCAACGACCAAACGGCCACCCUACGCAUCUGGUCAGACAACAUGAAGAUCUACAACCUCAACAUCGCCAACACCUUUGGACAAGCUGACAAAAACGGCCAAGCUCUCGCCGUCAGCGCGCAGAAGACGAACUUGGGCUUCUACGGCUGCAAGUUUACCGGAUACCAAGACACCAUCUACGCCAACGAAGGACGUCAAAUCUACGCCAAAUCCUACAUCAACGGCGCGGUUGACUUCGUCUUCGGCCUCAGGGCCUCCGCGUGGUUUGAGACAUGCGACAUCGAGACGAUAGGCACUGGUUACAUCACCGCCAACGGCCGCGAGGCCGCCAACAACACCUCGUUCUACGUCUUCAACAAUGCCAAGGUCAACGGUACCAGCGGCAAGGCAUCCACCUUCUUGGGUCGCCCGUGGAGACAGUUCUCGAGAGUCGUCUUCCAGAACAGUGAGCUCGGCGAUGUUGUGAAGCCGGCGGGUUGGUCGAUCUGGGACAAGACGCAGAGCACCGAUAAUGUUUUCUACAAGGAGUUCAACAACAAGGGACCUGGAGCUGCCGGUCCAAGAGCCAACUUCAGCUCUGCGCUUGACAAACCUAUCAGCCCGGUGACUGUAUUGGGCAAGGGAUUUGAGAAGGAGUGGUGGGUUGAUCCGAGCUACUUGUAA